AUGUCCUCAGCAGCCAGAAUCGUCACCCUCCGGCGUCUCGAGAUAAUUGCCUUCCCACCAGCCUUGAUCCUCCUCAUCGCCCACGGGAUAGCAUCCGAGCGAGCCUUCCCGGCCUUGGGUCUCCUCCCACUCGCCGCCUCGGCCCUCCUUGGCCUCUUUGUCCUCAACCGCGAUGCCGUCGCAGCUCUCGGCUCACCGAUCCAAGCCCUCUCCGAAUCCAAUAUCUUCUGGGCCGACUGCCUCCUCGCGGUCUUCCACCUCUCGUUCCUGAUCCCGAGUUGGAUUCUCCUGACGGAUCCGUGGCACGAGCCACUCAUUGUGCUGGGAACGUAUUGCACUGUAUUCAUGAUGUUUGACUUUGUCUCCAAGACUGGCUUCUUCUCGUCUACCGUUUCCGAGUAUACACCACUUAGCGAUGGCGAUGAGCCACAAAUGGAAGCUCGGGAUCUUGAGGAGGGUAGCGGGUCUCGGCGCCUUUGA